GGAAAUCUUAUUUUUGCUCUUUAGUCGGCCACGUAAAUUCUAUAGUAAACAAUCGUUUGGCCGUAAUAAUUAGGACUUUUAUUUCUUAUGUCUACGUUCAAAAAUAACUAUUCCAAAUAGAAAUGAGUAAAUUAGAUUUAAGCGAAAUGAUUCGCAGCUUGGAUAUAAGUACAUCGGAAAAAGUAGAUGAAAGUUUGCAACGUAUUGCAGAAAAAGAAGUAGAUGUAAAUGCCAAACUUGAGGCCGCUUUGUCGAAGCAAUGUCAGAUCGAGGCAAAAUUAAGCGGCAUCGGUAGAGCCAUGGCCACUCUGCUUGCAGUUGAGAAUGAUUCCAACAAGCUGAACAUGCAAAUCGUAAACACAGCUAAGCUUGCUGAAUCAGUCAGUGCAAAAGUGCGUCGGUUGGAUCUGGCCAGAUGUCGUGCCUCCGAGUGCCAGCAAAGAGUACACGAUUUGAUUGACCUGCAGCUGUGUAGCCAGGGCGUGUUAAAGGCUAUUAAUGAAGAGGAUUAUGAAAAGGGUGCGGGACAUAUCGCUCGCUUUCUGGCAAUGGAUCAACAGCUGUUGCAACGUACAGCGGACGAUGUCCAAGGCUCGAUUACGUCUGUGAGCGAUGCUGUGCACACACUAGAAGAUGCCACUGUAAAAAUAAGAGACUUGAUUUCCAAGCGUUUUGAUGAGGCGGUCCAACAAGACGAUUUGGCAUCCGUUGAGAGAUUCUUUAAGAUAUUUCCAUUGGUUGGUUGCCACAAGAUUGGUAUACAAAAAUUCUGCGGAUAUAUUUGCCAAAAACUGUCGGCCAAGGCCCAAAAAGAGCUACGUAAUACACAAGAUAUUGCAAAAGCCGAGCGUCGCCUACAUUUGGCCUAUGCCGAUCGCUUGACUGCUAUUUUAGAAAACUUCGCACGUGUCGUUGAAGUUAAUCAGCCGAUUAUAGAAGCAUUUUAUAGUCAAGAAUCUACAUCGUUGGUCGAUAUGGUAACCAUCUUGCAAAGGGAAUGUGAUCUGGAAGUUAAGAAUUUGCUGUUGGAAUUCAACAAAAAUCGUCAAAUUCAAUAUCGCAUUAAACAGGUUAACGACAGUGCUCAACGUCCAAACAGCUCCAGUAUGGCAAACAGCAGCAUACAGUCUUUGGGACACUAUAGAAAACCUUCGGGAGGCUCUAUAGAUAAAUUGAAUCCAAAGGAUAUAGAUGCUAUCAUAGCCGAAAUUACAGUGAUGCACUCGCGAAUAGAGUUAUACUUUCGAUUUAUGCGUCGCCGUUUGCAGGCAAAUGCGGAAACUUGUUUGCAAGAUAAGGAAGCACAAAACUUGAUACUAAAGGAAUAUGAACGGGUUGUGAAGCAGUGUGACUUAAGUCGCCACAUGCAAGAAAUUCUUAGCACAUACUUACUUUUUGAAAGGUAUUUUAUGGAAGAAAGCGUAAUUAAAGCCAUUGGACUGGACACUUAUGAUGUUGGUCAGCAAUGUUCGUCGAUCGUUGAUGAUGUCUUCUUUAUAUUACGUAAAUCGAUACGUCGUGCAUUGACAACGCAAUCGAUUAACGGCACCUGUGCUGUAAUUAACAAUGUUGCAUCCUGUCUUGAUGGUGAUUUUGUAUCUGCCUUAAAAGCCCCUUUAAAAAAUGGUUAUCCUUCAGGAUAUAUUGAUUUGGCACAAGCUUACAAUGCAAUACAAACAAGCUUGCAGCAGGGCAAACUGCAUUCGAGUGACGCCGAUCGCGUUCGAACAAAUUUCAUAGUACAGUUAAAUAAUGCUGAUAUGUCAACGGAAUAUAUUGAAACGCUAUGGCAAACAAUGGAGCAGGAAAUAUCAGGCACAUUCCCUAAUAUAUCCCCACUGGAAAGGCAGUUAUUGGACAGCUGUCUGACUGAGCUUAAAACCAUUCGCGAUGCAUUGAAGGCGACCGUUGACUUUGGCAUACAGCAACUUAGGUCGAGUGCAAUAAGGCCUCGUUUAAAUCCCUGGGUGGAUGAAUUCCUUAAUUAUAGUCAUCAUCUAACAGAGGAGGAACUGUCCACUUACGAGGCAGGAGAAACAUUUGUUCAGUAUUUCAUUGUGCAAUUAGAUGGACUAUUAAAUUCAUUUAAAAAUGCAUUAAGUCCACGCAAUUACGAUGCGCUCGUCAGUAUUCUGGCUACUGAAGUGACCAACCGCUUGGAACGCGCAAUUAAAAAGAGCACAUUUAAUCGGCUCGGUGGACUUGUUCUCGAUCAGGAAGUGCGAGCCCUUGGCACAUACCUAACGGGUGCAACUUCCUGGUCAGUGCGCGAUAAAAUGACACGUCUGUCACAAAUUGCAACGCUUUUAAAUUUGGAUAAGGUUUCCGAAUUGACCGAAUAUUGGAAUCCAGAAAAUAAUAGUGAAAUGCCAUCCUGGCGACUGACUCCUAACGAAGCACGUACCAUUCUGACAUUAAGAAGCGAUUUUCGUAUGGAGGACAUAAAACGCUUGCAACUUUAAGUUAAAAGCGUUUCAUGUUUCAGUUAUGAUGCUGCGA